GGUGAAGUACAUGUCAGAACUGCUGGCCUCCUGACAAGCUGGCUAUUCAAACAGUCUGAGGUAUGAGGUUGCUGCAGCAAAAACUGGGUUACAUUAAACUACAUUACUUUGCUGCUGGAGAUGAAAGGCCAAUAAUCUCAGGAAAGAGCUCACAGAGGGUUGGGCCAGUCGAGCACUUUAUGAAGGCUCAUUUGGACCCUAGGGGUACUGCGUAGGGUACUGCGAAGAGCCAUGGGGGUGUUGAUGUCCAAGCGGCAGACAGUGGAACAGGUGCAGAAGGUGAGCCUGGCUGUGUCUGCCUUCAAGGAUGGGCUGCGGGACAGGCCUUCCAUCCGACGCACAGGUGAGCUUCCGGGGUCUCGCCGUGGCACGGUAGAGGGCUCUGCCCAGGAGGUGCAGGAGGAGAAAGCGGCAGAGGCAAGUGCCCCGGCGCCCCAAGAAGAGAGCGGUGUCAGCCGCGCCUCCUGGGAGCGGCUCCGGGAUGGGCGCGGAGUGGAGCCGGAGGAGUUUGACAGGACCAGUCGUCUGACACCCCCUGCCUUCAUCCGCCCCACCCGGAAGCUGGAUGACGACAAGCCUCCAGAUAUCCGCUUGGAGCCCAGAGAGCCUGUUGUUAAUGAUGAGAUGUGUGAUGUCUGUGAAGUCUGGACGGCCGAGAGUCUCUUCCCGUGCAGGGUCUGCACCAGGGUUUUCCAUGAUGGCUGCCUACGCCGCAUGGGCUACAUCCAGGGAGACAGUGCCGCGGAGGUGACCGAAACGGCCCACACGGAAACAGGCUGGAGCUGCCACUACUGUGACAAUCUCAACUUGCUGCUAACUGAGGAGGAAAUGUACAGCCUCACAGAGACCUUUCAGCAGUGUAAAGUUAUCCCUGACUGCUCCCUGACACUGGAGGACUUCCUACGCUACCGCCACCAGACAGCAAAGAGAGGGAGCAGCGACAGGGCUCUAAGUGAGGCGCAAGAGGAGCAGGCAGCCCGCCAGUUUGCAGCCCUGGACCCUGAACGCCGAGGACACGUUGAGUGGCCUGAUUUUUUGUCCCACGAGUCCCUCCUGCUUCUACAGCAGUUGCGUCCCCAGAACUCUCUGUUAAGGCUUCUAACGGUCAAGGAGCGGGAGCGAGCCCGAGCCACCUUCCUGGCCCGGGGCAGCGGGAGCACUAUCAGCGAGGCCGAGUGCCACCGUGCCCAACACUCUUGGUUCUGCAAACGCCCCACCGAGGCUCCUUCCUGCAGUGUCAGUGUCAGCCAUGUGGGUCCCAUAGCAGACAGCAGCCCAGCCAGUAGCAGCACCAAGAGUCAGGACCAGGCCCCACUGCCCACAGAGCCUGAGUCCAGAUUUGUGGAUUGGCCUACCUUCCUGCAGGAGAGUGUCAUCUACAUCUUGGCUGCUCGCCCCAACAGUUCGGCCAUUCACCUGAAGCCCCCAGGAUAGCAUGGAGCAGAAAAGCUCAGUUUGGGGACAGUGGCAUUCUCUCCCUCCUUUCAUUUCUCCCUUUCCCCACUAACCUCUGGUCCUGAGACUUCUGGGGAUGGAGCAUUGUCCACAUCUCAGUUUAUCACUAAGCUUGGCGGCACUGAAGUCACCAUUCCCCUCACAACAAGAGUGGUAAAUGCACUGCCACAUGGAGAAGCCCUGGGAGCUGUGGCAGCAUCUGCUCCAGGACCACCCCUGCCCUCACACUGCAGCCUGGACCUGCCACUGCACACGUAUGUGUGUGCACACACAUGCACACACAAACACACACGCCUAGCUGUCCAUGUCGUCAGAGACCUGAUACUUCUUUUUUGUUGAAGAAAGACCAAAGUUCUUUUGUGAAGCCCCUGGUAUAGAUGGGUGGGUGAGGGGGGGGGGUGUCUGUUGGCAAGUUUUCAUUUACAGUAGGUCAGUCUCUGGCCAAGUGAGUCUUAACAAGGGGGCACAUCAGAUUCACAUACUCUGCUAGAGAUGCUGCCAGACGCCCUCUUCCCACACUGAAAACCCCUUCUGUGCUGAACCUCUGUUCUACUAGGUGUGUGCUGUGUCCCUCAGGUGUGUUGGGGUGGGGGAAAUUGUUGAAGACCACCACUGCACUUAUUAUUUAUUUAUUGUUUAUUUAAACCCCAACUCCUGGUGACAGAGAAGGAGCUAGUCUGUGGAGUGCCAAUUAGAAAAGGGGGAGGCAGCCCCUCCCAGGGACCCAGAAAUCUAGGAACCUCUCAUCCAGGUCAUUUAAGUCCAAAAGUCUUUAUUUAGCAGACCAGUCCAAACCCAAGGUGAGCCAUCCUGACCCCUGUUUUUUAGGUGGGUGCUCAUGGCCCAGGGCCCAAGGGCCAAAUGGAACAGGUAUGAUGGCAGUUGGCAACCUUCUGGGUUAGGUGCUUCACCCAGGUCAGCUACCACAGAGACCCAAAGCCUGAGCUCCAGGGAGGGUAGGCCUGAAUGAAAGAGGAGAGAAGGCUCAUUUUUUUCCAUUCUUUAGCUUAACUGCAGACAUAGAAAAGUAUGCCAUGGUAUGGCGUACAGAGCCCUAAACAGGGACUCCUUUCAAACCACAUGACAAUGAGGAUAAGAGGCUGGAGCUAAGAAGAUGAUAUGCAUCUCAGCUGUCUUGAACAGAGAAAGUCUCAGCAAAGCCUCACAGAAGGAGGAGGUGUUCCCUUCUCCCUGUUACUAAGAUAUGGCCUGAGUUGCUGCUUUUCCCCGUUGCUCACCACAUGUUCUUCCCCACAAGCUUAGGGCCUGGACCUGGCAAGGGAGGACUUUGGGGGCAAAAAGAUGCUGCCACAAGGCCACCAGCCUGGCCUCUCAGCCCCAGCUGUUCUUCCUAAAUUCUCAUCAAGUUCUCCAGUCAGCAUAUACUGUGGGUAAGCACAGGCCCUAAAGUUCAAGCUUCUGUUUCCAACCUCAUGACUUAGGUUUAGCAAGGUCUGACUUGGUACCAGGAGUUAUUUGAGAGGGGCUGGGCUCAGUCACAAAGAAACUAACACAUCCGCAUUCCAGAAGACAAACAACUCAGGGUUGCUCAGAGGAUGGGGGGAGCUGUAACUUGGGGCAUGGCAAGAGCACUGUAUGUUCUCCUCCUGUAGAGACAGCGUGACCUGAAAGUCAAGUAAGAAGCUUCUGGGGUUGGAUUAUUUAGGACUGAAAAGAAGCAGACAGAAGAUGAACUGGGUUCAUGUGUAUGGCUCCGAACAUUUCAAAACCCUCAGUUCUUUAAUACUCCAUAGCCACACUCCCAAGACUAACCAGUAGGAGGGGCCGUUAUUCAGUCCAGCCAAAAAAAGAGAAAGCACAUGACUCUUGGGCCCAAGGACUGCAUCUGAAGCAGCCUGGCCUGGGGUUCUGCACUGAGAAGAUUAAACCACAUUAAGCACAAGGGCUCUUGCUUACUCUCCUAGCAAAUCACCUUUUAUGUCAAUGACCUUGGGCUGCUUGAUCUCAGGACAAGGCAUUUUGAGUAAAAGCAAGCUCUAGGCUUUGAGAGCUGAACAGCUUUUUUCUCCUGCCUCAUCAUCAGUCACAAGGAUUGGAAGUCCAUCUUCUUGUUCCCUGAUCCUUCACAGACCAAGGUGAUGCCUACCUUUCUGGAGCAGCAGCUUCUAGCUUUCUGUGGGUGAGUGAUAAAGACGGGAGGCCACUAGAGCAGCCCAACUGUAUCUCAGGGCCUGGCAAAACAGGCCCCAGGGUUCUUCCACAGUAGGAUUUGACCCAUUUGAGACCACCCCUCCCUAUUUUGGGACAGCAAGCUUCCUUGGUGGGGACAUGCUGCAAAGGGCCCAGAGGAGACAAUGCCCUCAUCAAAAGAUGGGGUGCCAAGUCACAGGAGUCCUGGGAAGCAGAAAAGGACAGAAAAGCAAGCAGUCUCUUCUCCAUAGGCAUCUAACUCUUUACCAAAGGGAAGAGGAGAGGUUCCAUUGCUCCCUCAGUUAAGAGUUAUAGAAGCUCUAUCCCAACCCACCUUUCUGAGGUCUCCCCUUACAGUGUCCUAAUCUACAGGGCCUCUCUCCAGGAUGUAUGGAGACAUUCAAACUUUUAUAAACCUCAGUUCAGUUCAGUUCAGUCACUCAGUCAUGUCUGACUCUUUGCAACCCCAUGAACCACAGCACACCAGGCCUCCCUGUCCAUCACUGACUUCUGGAGUUCCACCCAAACCCAAACCUAGUGAAGCUCAUUUCCUUUCCUUUUCAAGCCCUUUCAUCAUUGUGACUGUCUGAAAUUCUGCCAAGUACAGAAAUUAGUGUUUGACUGUAAUAGGAGUACAAGAAAAUGUUUCCAUCUCAGCUACCCAAAAUUGCAGAGAUCAGUUCUUUUCCCAGUCACCCCCAACUGCACCACCACCCCCAAGUCAAGGGAGACUGAGGUUACACAUAUGCUCCUCUGAAGACUACUUGCCCUCAGUCUGUUUUUAACCCACAGUCCUCUUCUCCAUGCUCAGGUAUAAAGGCAGGGACGUCUGGAUGAUACAGUGGAGCUUUGGGACUGAGAGGCAGCUGAGGCAAUAGCUGUGGCCACAUAGCCUCCUCAGAUUUGUUCCAUGGCUUCCUCUCAUGAGAUCAGCCUUUCCUAGCAGAUGGAGGCUCUAUGCUUUUGAGCAACAGGCCCCUUUGAUCCCAGGGAUGGAGCAGUUUCCUCACUCAUAGAUACUGAUCCCUUUCAAGAGCUCUUCCUUAGAGGAUAGCCAUGGCUGAAGCCAUAGGCACAUUGCCUCUUUUUGUCCUCAGCCUAAGUAACUGUGACUGCAGGCCAAACACUGGCCUUUCUGACCUUGGUGCUCCCUAUGGGAUGUCACCCUGGCCUUGUUAGAGUGACCAAAUAUGGGGGUCCCCCACUCCUAUCAACAAUAUGGGAAGCACAGAAUCAAACCACCUGGGAAGAGAGCACCUCCCUGGAUGCUGGGUUCAGGAUGGUGCCUAGGCUGCUGAGCCUCAAACCUCAACCACUGCAGGUCUCAUGGCUUCAGUAAAAGUGGUGCCAAGAAGCCUAAAGGCAAGAGAGAAGCUCCAAAGAAGUGGUGUGGCAGGGCCCCAGGCCAGCCAUGAAUACCACAAAGCCAAGAGGAACCUCAAGGCAGGACUGGUAGCAGCUCUGGUGAUCCUGCAGGUCCCAUCAAAUCAACAGAGUAAAGACAGAAACAUACUUGGCAUUUAAAAGGCAAAACACUACUGAUGCCAGAAUUUUAGGACAUCCUGGCAGCACCUGUAACCAAACCCCUUUUUACCCCUCUGUUUACAGUGAAAUAAAAUAGUUGCUGUCUCCACACCACCGGGUUUCACCUUGCCCAGAAUCUCUCUCAGGGCCCUUAGCUUUCAGCCCAGACAACAGAGGCCUCCUUGAGUGGGGGGUAUUAAUGUGUCAUGCCUAUUCUCGAUGGUUCACCCUGGAGUGGGGUAGGACUAGGCAUUUUCCCUGCUGUUGCUUUCUUGCUGCCACUGCUUUAGGCAACCUUGAAAGGAAAGAAAAUGAACAGAUUACAGAAUCUCCAAUAGACCCCACUAGCACUAAGGAAAAACUUUCUUCCCUCUGGGCCACAUGCCCCAAUGACUAAGAUCAGAGAGGAUGUCAGAUCUGCUCAGGCCAGUGACUAGGAAGCCCAGUAACAUUCUAGUUUGUGUAGCAUGGGUUGGGAUGACCACGAAUAAGAACAUCAAGAUAUAAGUAGCAAGGCCUUUCCAUAUCCAUGGUGAAACAAAGGCCAUCAAGCGUAGCCUCCUGUGAGAGAUGGUCUCUGAUUUAUCUUCUGGCCGAACACAAACUUGUGAGAAUGGCUCUGAGAACACUCAAGUAAUAAUGGAGGAUCCAAUGCUGUUCUCUGGAAGGUAACUUGACAGUAAGCUGAGGGGAACAUCCCCAAGCCCUGUCUUCCCAUCAUUAUAGCUGCAUGCUCCUCCGCAUGGCUCAGCCUUCACUCCAGAAGGAGGUAAUGUUCCCAGAAGCUGGGCACAAUGGAAAUCAUAAUAAAAAGAUUGUGAUGUUA